AUGGCGAUCGUCAUAUUCUUGGUGAAGAUGAAGGUCAGGAAGCCGGCAGUGGUCUACAUGCUGAACCUCGCCAUAGCAGAUGUCCUCCUCAUUAGCGUCCUGCCUUUUUAUAUUGUCUAUCGAUUCUUGGGAUCUAACUGGCUCAUUGGAGAAGGAAUGUGUCGCUUUGUUACAAGUGCAUUUUACUGUAACAUGUACUGCUCCGUCCUGCUCAUGACAAGUAUCAGCGUGGACCGUUUCCUGGCCGUAGUCUACCCUGUGUGGUCUCUCUCCUGGCGCAAAGUAAACCGAGCCUGGCUGGUGUGUGGUGUCAUCUGGGUCAUCUCAUUGGCCAGCACUGUGCCUCUUCUCAUAAGAGAACAAAGCAGGUUAUUUCCUAUGCUGGAUAACACGAUGUGUCAUGAUAUUCAGCACUUUGGGGCUUAUUUCUUUUUCAAUUUUCAGUACUUCUGCACUGUUUUCUCACUUUUUAAUUUCUUACCAUUAUUCAUUACAACUUUCUGUUACAUUGGAAUCAUCCGCAGUCUCAGCAGAUCAAAAUUUAAUCGCACACAUAAGAGAUCCCGAGCUAUCCGCCUCACCGUGGUUGUGCUGAGUGUGUUUGUCCUUUGUUUUGGCCCCACCAAUGUUAUUUAUUUAAUUCACUACACGCGGGUGAUUGAUAAUUAUGAUUUCUCGCUGUAUAUUGCUUACAUCCUCUCUUCCAGUAUCAGCAGUAUAAACUGUAGUCUGGAUCCUCUUAUCUAUUAUUUUGCAUCCUCCGAGUGUCAGAAAUACGUCUACAGCUUCCUGCGCUGGAAAAAAGAUUAUCGCUCAAGGGUAGAAGAAAGGUUGACCCCUGAACACAAAGAAGAGUCAAUAGAGAAAAUGUAUUCUGUUCAAUUCACUAAGAGUGGAUUCGUUAUUUAA